GUGUCGCCAGCCCAGCCUCCCAGCUCCUGAAAUUAGCCGCUGCAGACACUGCUCUCCGGGCACUGGGUGAGGAGGCGGCUGGCAUCCCUCGGGCCCGGCCAUGGAGGAAAAGGACCGCGCCUGCGGCUCCACCUGGGAGCCCUCACAGGGCAAGAGCCCCCCGGACUCACCUUGGUCAUGGAUUCCAAUAAUGAGAGACCCUGGAUGGAUUCGAAAUGUAUGGUCUUCAAACAUUAAUGCUCAAACCAUGAAUUACGUCGGGCAGCUGGCAGGCCAGGUGUUUGUCACCGUGAAGGAGCUCUACAAGGGGCUGAACCCUGCCACCCUGUCCGGAUGCAUUGACAUCAUCGUGGUCCGCCAGCCCAAUGGGAGCCUGCACUGCUCCCCCUUCCACGUCCGCUUUGGGAAGAUGGGGGUCCUGCGUUCCCGAGAGAAGGUGGUUGACAUAGAAAUCAAUGGGGAAGCAGUGGAUUUGCACAUGAAAUUGGGAGAUAAUGGAGAAGCAUUUUUUGUUCAAGAGACUGAUAACGAUCAGGAGGUGAUCCCCGUGCACCUGGCCACCUCCCCGAUCCUGUCGGAAGGAGCCUCGAGGAUGGAGUCCCAGCUGAGGAGGAGCUCCGUAGAUUGGAUGAGAAGCCUGGACCCCAACACGUCAGCCCAGGUCUUAGCUCCCAGCGAGACCCCUUCAAGUGGCUCUUUAGUGAAGAAGCGAAGGAAGAGGAGGAGGAAGUUGCAGCUGGACAGCCUGAAGCGGGACGACAACACGAACACGUCCGAGGAUGAAGACAUGUUCCCCAUAGAGAUGAGCUCGGACGAGCUGCAGGACAGCAGUAGAACUCUUUCUAAUGAUAUACCUCCAUUCCAAGGAGAUAUCCCUAAGGAAAACCUUUCCCCAGUCAUGACUUACCUUCAGUCAGCAUCUUACCCGAAUUCCGACAGAGAGUGGUCACCUAGUGCCAGUAGCCUGACAGAUUGCAGGGGGAGCCCCCCUCGUCUGGCAGCUGCGGCUGAGGGCGGUCUUUCUAGUUCUUGCCCUCCACAGUCUUCCCACUUCCACGCUUCGGAAAGUCCUUCAGUUUCCCGACCUUCAACACCUAAAAGUGAUUCGGAAUUGGUCAGCAAGUCUGUGGACAGGACAAUGCAAAAGGAUAAUCUAGAAAUGCUCUGGCUUUGGGGAGAAUUGCCCCAAGCCGCAAAGUCAUCUGCACACAAGAUGAAAGAGUCCAGCCCGCUGAACAGUAGAAAAGUCUGUGAUGAGAUGCACUUUCAAGCCAUCCACAGUGAAUCUUCAGACGCGUUUAGUGACCAGUCACCGACACUGGCUGGGGCGUCUCCCGUGCAGCCGCUGUUGGAGCAGAACAAGCCGCAGACGGAGAUUCAGUUCGCGAACGAAGAAGACAUUGAGGCCUUAGGAGCUGCAGCGCCCCCGUUGCCUACGAUUGAAGAGUCCAAAGCCCUCUCCGCCAGUGCUGCCCCCACAGCCAGCAAAACGGAUUCGCCUUCUAGGAAAAAGGACAAACGGAGCAGACACCUUGGUGCCGACGGCGUCUACCUGGAUGACCUCACAGACAUGGAUCCUGAAGUCGCCGCCCUGUAUUUUCCCAAAAACGGAGACCCUUCUGGGCUCACAAAACACGCCAGCGACAACGGAGCCCGCUCAGCCAACCAGUCCCCGCAGUCUGUGGGCAGCUCUGGCGCUGACAGUGGCAUGGAGAGCACCUCGGACAGCCUGAGGGACCUGCCGUCCAUCGCCAUCUCCCUGUGCGGCGGCCUCAGCGACAACAGGGAGAUCACCAAAGAUGCGUUUUUGGAACAAGCUGUGUCAUAUCAGCAGUUUGUGGACAACCCUGCCCUCAUUGACGACCCCAAUCUUGUGGUGAAGAUCGGGAAUAAGUACUAUAACUGGACGACGGCGGCACCUCUGCUUCUGGCGAUGCAGGCCUUCCAGAAACCUUUGCCAAAGGCCACGGUGGAAUCUAUCAUGAGGGAUAAGAUGCCCAGAAAGGGAGGAAGAUGGUGGUUUUCAUGGAGGGGAAGAAACAGCACAAUCAAAGAGGAAAGUAAGCCAGAGCAGUGCCUAGCAGGAAAGAGCCACAGCACUGGGGAGCAGCCGUCACAGCUGGGCAUGGCCACCAGAAUAAAGCAUGAGUCCUCCUCCAGUGAGGAGGAGCGCGCGUCCGCCAGGCUGCCCAGCACGAGCCGCCCCCCGCUGCUGUCCAGCGUUGGCUACAAGAAGACCCUGCGCCUCACGUCAGAGCAGCUGAAAAGCCUGAAGUUGAAGAACGGACCCAACGACGUGGUCUUCAGCGUCACCACACAGUACCAGGGCACGUGCCGCUGCGAAGGCACCAUCUACUUGUGGAACUGGGACGAUAAGGUUAUCAUCUCUGACAUCGACGGAACCAUCACUAGAUCAGAUACUCUUGGCCACAUUUUGCCCACCCUUGGGAAGGAUUGGACCCACCAGGGCAUCGCCAAGUUGUACCAUAAAGUGAGCCAAAAUGGGUACAAGUUCCUCUACUGCUCCGCACGGGCCAUCGGGAUGGCGGACAUGACGCGGGGCUACCUGCACUGGGUCAACGAGCGGGGCACGGUGCUGCCCCAGGGGCCGCUGCUCCUCAGCCCCAGUAGCCUCUUCUCCGCCUUGCACAGAGAAGUGAUCGAAAAGAAGCCAGAGAAGUUUAAAGUCCAGUGUUUGACAGACAUCAAAAACUUGUUUUCUCCAAAUACAGAACCCUUUUAUGCUGCUUUUGGAAACCGACCAGCUGAUGUGUACUCGUACAAGCAAGUGGGCGUGUCUCUGAACAGGAUAUUCACCGUCAAUCCCAAAGGAGAGCUGGUGCAGGAGCACGCGAAGACCAACGUCUCCUCGUAUGUGAGACUCUGCGAGGUGGUCGACCACGUUUUCCCCUUGCUGAAAAGGAGCCAUUCUUCAGACUUUCCCUGUUCAGAUACAUUCAGUAACUUCACCUUUUGGAGAGAACCACCGCCACCCUUUGAAAACCAGGACGUUCAUUCUGCAUCAGCAUAGUACGUUCCGGGCCACUUUCUGGCAUCCUGUGGAGAUCAGGCGCCCCCAUUAAAGGAUAGGUUUGGGAACCUGCAGUCAUUUGCUUAAGAGCAGAGGAGCAUUUCUCUCCCGGUGCCCCUGGCCGGGGUUGACAUUUCUAAGCGAUGUGUACGUCCUAGACAGGGCGUCGGGUGCGUCCCUGGUGGGGAGGCCAUGCCCGGUUGAGGCUUCGAGCCUGUGGCAGCGCUGCCCUCCCCAGCCUGCUGCAGGUGGGAGCGGUUAGUGUGCAAGAUGGGCUGUGAAGCGGGGUCCCUGUGAUGAUGGGAUCCAAGGAGGGGCACCAGGUGUGCACGACUUCUGGGAGAGUGGGGGACACAUCUGUGCCACGUGGAGGGCUGUGCAGGGUCCCGUGACCUGAAUCUGAGGUCUCGGAAGGGACUCCAAACCCCACCGUUCUGGGCCUUGACCUUGCGGAUGUCCCCUUGUGGUGUUUGCCGACCCGUCUGAUGGUUUUAAUUCCUCUGGUUAAAGCUAACCUAUGUAACUGGCAUAUUUUCCCCUACUUUUGUGGCACAAGGCUGGAAUAUUUAUGCCUUAACGCACCCGUGGCAGAUGUUUUAUUUCGAAUGUGCUUUUUCCAGCUUCCUGUACCUCUGCGAUGCCUUAAGUUCAGAUUAUAGGAAAUAUUAUUAGGGCAGUAUUUCGAAUCAGUUCGACACUCUGCCAGCAACCUGUCUGGCAACGCGCUGCUGAAAACGUGGGCUCGCGCAGAGCUUACGCCAGGUGGUGACGGUGUCAGUUUCUUUUGGGAGCUCUCGACAGAAACUGGUUGGUUUUAAGAAAAUAGUUUGAAGAAGUUAAAUUAUAUUCUUUGUAGAUAGUAUUAUUUAUUACCUUACUCUGAUUGGGUUACUGCUGUAAGCAUUUUAGCCACGUUCUUUCUAUUAUAACUGUCAGUAAUACAUUAAAAAGAUAUACGUGUUAGACCAUCCAAAGAGCCUUAUUCUGUAAUUCUCACAGCACUGACCUUCUUUUGGAAUUUAUGAGUCAUACUUUUUAUUUCCCUUAGCUUUUCCCACUCAGAUUUAAGGGCAAGUGGAUAAGUAGUCAUUUGAGUGACAUUCGUCAAGCCGGUAGAAGAUGAUUCUUUUACUUGUUUGUUAAAUUGGCCUGUGGAGAAGAGAAUAAUUUGAAAAGUGAAAGAAUUAUUUUGGUACAAGAUUUCGCUUUUCGAGCUCUUAUUUUGUUAAAGAGCGUUUUACUCCGGUGAUUGAGAUGCUCUCCUAUUUAAAUCGCAUGGUUAGAGUCCUGGAGGUACACAGUGAAACAGUUGAAUGCAGUUUUACUCUUUCUGUGAAAGAAAACCCAGAGGCGUUGCCUCCCCUGUCGCCGGUGGGCUCUGCUGGCAGCGGACGCCUUUCCCGAGCGGUUCGCGCGGCCACCCAGAGAAACGCAAACACCUGUGCGUAGCUGGUCGCAGAUUCGCGGAGCAGCACACGCCUCAUGUGCAGAUGCCCUUUUGGAGGCAUUAAAAAUGAUUUAAAAUAGUCCUGGCUUAACCUGGGCUAGCCAUUAGUGACCUUCAGAGGCUACCUUCAUUCUUUCUGUCACGAGGGUAUUUUGCGGUGAACUUUAACUGCUGUGAACUAAGUAGAAGGCGACCAGCUGUAGUCCUCUCGCAAGAGCAUGCAACUUUGGAACCCCCAAUUUUGAUGCACCCUAAGCUUCCACGCCACUGCCCUCUGAAACAGAGCACGCCUUCCAGAAAGUCGCACUCGGGUCUGUGUCAGGUUCAGUGUGUGACCCCUGGAGAGGCAGUGACAUUCACACCUGCCUCGUGGCUUCGGAAAGCGGGAUUUGUGCCCGGGCCGUGCUCACGCAUGUGCGAGCUUGUUUAUCUGUGUUGACACAACCGUAACUCAGUGACCCCAAAGCCACGUGCUAGGAUGCUGUGUUUGGGCCACGCAUUUCAGAGUUGCCUGAUGGAAACGAAUCCCUCCAUCGCGACAAGUCAUCAAACAUUCAUCACACGUGAUGAAGAAAAGUAUAUGUCCCUGGUACAUUGGAGAAAAUGAUGACACCUUCAAAGAGGAGUCCCUUUUCCAUUUUAGGUUUGGAUCGCCACUUUAAAUAUAUUUUAUUUACGAUGCUUGAUCUGUAUUUGUGUAUGCUGGUACGAUGACAAAAAUCACUGUAAUACUUCAUUGCAUUGUGCUGGAUGCAAAGCUAGGAUGUAUUGUAACAAACGAGACAAAUGACAGACUUCCCUGAGAAUCAGGCGUGUGAAUUUUAAAUAGUUUUUGGUAAGUUAUUAAGAUGCUGAUUUCCUACUGUGUGAUAUCAAGCAUGUUAUUUUCUACUCAGUAAACAAAAAAACGAAACCCUUAAUGCUGUGAACUGUUCAUUCAAUAUUUGGAAUAAAAGAGCCCGUCUCUUCUGAUG